GGGGUUGAUUUGAUUAUGAUUGGUUUGUUUUUUUCUUUUUUUUUUUAAAUUUUUUUUAUUGGGUACAAUGGAAAGUCAUAAGAGUGAAUGGGAUUAUGUGGGGAUAAUGAAAGGGAUUCAUGAAUAUAAAGUUUGUUGCCUAAUCUUAUCUUAUAUUUAUAGGGGCACUUGUAGAAAAAAACAAAAAAAAAAAACAUAAAGAUACUGGAAGUGUACCCAAAUAAAGUGGACCUUGGGCCGAGCCGAUUCAAGCCCAUCUCAGUGAAAGCAGCCCAGUGUUGGAGAAAUUAAAAAUAAACAAAUAAGAAGAAUGAAAUAAUCUACGUGGCCGCCUACGUGGAAUGAUUUGGAUUUGGGGUAACCUUUUUAGAGCGACGGUGACAGCUUAAAUGUAAUUUAUUUUCUUUUUAAAAAAGAAAGGCGUAGCCUUUCGAGGAAGUUUCUCAAAUCGCCGCACAUUCUAUUUCUCGUCGCUUCCAAAAUUGAAAAUAUCUUUUCGUUCUCUUCCACGAAGCUUCUAGAAUUGCAAUCCCUCCAAUGGCAUUACCGGAAAAUUCGCACAUAGAAGCUUUCUUUAGGGCUUGGGACCUGCCUGCGAUCAUUCCGGGAUCUGAUUUGGGUGAUUCUUGUGGCGUCCCCCAUGGGAGCGCCGAGCGCCAAACCGUCGCCUAAUGGAGGCGAUUCACAGAGAUCUAUGCCCACUCCUUUCUUGACCAAAACGUAUCAGCUUGUUGACGACGAGACAAUCGACCAUGUCAUUUCAUGGAACGACGACGGAUCUACCUUCAUCGUUUGGAACACCAUCACUUUUGCUACAGAUUUGCUGCCGAAGUAUUUCAAGCACAAUAACUUCACUAGCUUUCUCCGCCAGCUCAAUACUUAUGGAUUUAGAAAGGUUGUAUCGGACCGUUGGGAGUUCGCGCACGAGUGUUUUCGCAAAGGUAAGAAACAGCUUCUUUGUGAGAUUCAGCGGCGGAAGUUUCACACUGCGUUGCCGUCCACGACUCCGCCUGCGCAACUACUAGCAGUGACGGGCAAUUCUUCUAGUGAAGAGCAAGUGAUUUCGUCUGAUGAGACUCCGACGAGAGCUUUUGCAGAGCUGAUCGAUGAGAACGAUCGGCUUAGAAAAGAGAAAGCAAAGCUUACGGAACAAUUGGUUGAGAUGAAAUCUCUGUGCAACAACAUCUUCUCGAUGAUGUCGAGCUUUGUUGAAUGUCAAUUCAAGAGCAGUUUCAAAGUGAGAGACAGCGUUUUAACACCGGCAAAAUCGCUCGAUCUUUUUCCAGUGAAGCGGCCUUCCGGCGAAGACGAAGCGGCAAAGACGAAUCAGAUCGGCGCGGCCAUCAGAGCGAAGCGUCCGAGGGAAUACAGAGAGUGGGCGACGGAGAUAGCGGAGGACGAUACUACUUUGCGACUCCAACCACCGGAUAGAUCGAAAGUCAAAUCAGAGCGGGUAAAUUGUCAUAAUAAAGUUGAUCAGAAAACGUGGCGUAAUCAAGUCCACUGAGAGUCAUCAAAUGGAUCUGUAAUUAACGGCUAGGAUAAUAAUGUAUCGACUUUUCAGGUUCUUGUUCAAGUAAUCAGAGAUGCAGGGAAUCAUUCCAUCCCCAAAUCUGGAAAAAGAUGGCACGUGUGCCGCCAUUUCAGGGGGCAAAUUAAGAAAGUUUCAAAGCACAUUAAGCGUUAAUGAAACUUCAUCACCAUUUUCUCCUUA